AUGUCUGCCCACGCAGCAGUCGAUCUCUCAGAUGCAGCCCUGGGCGGUCCAAUUCGAAUAAAAGACGACCACUUCAUCGACGCUUACGGACGCGUCAUCUUCCUCCGUGGCCUCAACCUCUCAGGCGCCUCUAAACUGCCCACUGAGCCGAAUGGCCUGUCUCACCUUGACCACGGCUUUUACGAAAGCCACCGCACCGUGACAUUUGUAGGAAGGCCUUUUCCUCUCGAAGAUGCUCCGCUACAUUUUAGACGGCUUCAGGCUUGGGGUACACCCUUUGUAAGGUUGCUCGUUACAUGGGAGUCCCUUGGUCAUGCGGGGCCUGAUCCAGAGGAUCUGGACCUCGAGUAUAUCGCCUACCUGCGCCAAUUGAUUGAGAUGAUGCCGCAGUAUGGUAUCAAGUGCUUUAUCUGCGCCCAUCAAGAUGUUUGGAGCCGGUAUAGUGGUGGUAGUGGUGCGCCCGGCUGGACGUUUGAGGUAGUCGGCCUGGACAUUGAAGCAUUCACUGAUACGGGCGCUGCCUACGUUCACAGCCAAGACGAAAAGAAGCGCGCAAGCGAACCCGUCAAUCCUAAAGAGCCAGGAGGUCCUUUCCUUUGGCCGUCGGGAUACCAGAAGCUUGCGGCGUCUACAAUGGCUACUAUCUUCUGGGCAGGCGAUGCUUUGGCCCCCAAUCUUAAAUGCUAUCGCAAGCCAGGAGACACCGAGCAAGUCUCUGUCCAAACACUACUCCAAGACGCCUGUGUUGAAGCUUUCGGACGUCUCGCCGACGAGGUAGGUCAUCUCGAAGCGUGCAUGGGCUUUGAACCUAUGAACGAACCCCAUCGCGGUCUGGUCAACCUGCAUCAUUUCCACUCAUGGAACUACGACACCGAUCUACACAUUGGCCACUGUCCCUCUCUUGCCCAGUCACUCGCCCUCGGAAGUGGCUAUGCACAAGACGUCAAUUACUGGGUCAAAUCAUGGCCAUGGCCAAGUCGUGCUUCCCACAAGUCUCGUAUUGACCCCAAGGGUCGCUCAGCAUGGCUGUCGCUGGAUUCGAAGCCGACAGGUAAUGGACGAGGCCUUGGCAAGUGUGUUUGGCAUGCCCAUGGCGUCUGGGAGUGGGAUGACAAGAAGAAAACUGCCCGUAUCCGCGAUGACGAUUACUUUGAGGUUGAUCAUCGGCCUGGUCGGGAGGGGAAGCCAAUUGAGUGGUACAAUGACUGCUAUGCACCUUUUCUCCAGAAGUUCUCGGAGCGCAUGUCGCGCAAGACGGCUCGGACCAUGAGCUUCAUUGAAGCCAUUCCUAAUGAGUUCCUACCACCCUGGCCCACGGAGGAUGUCGACAACAAGAAAUGGAGUCAACAAAAGUACGCCGAGAAGACAGUUAUCGUGUCACCGCGUCCUACUAACCUUGUGUACGCACCGCACUUUUACGAUCUCAACGUUCUCUUCAACAAGUGUCAUUCAUGGAUGAGCGUCAACGUGCAAGGACUUUCGCGAGGCAUGAUCCCUCUCAACGCGCUUUAUUUCGGCGCCAAGGGAUUGAAGAAGAAUUACACGAGGCAGCUUGGCGAAAUCGUCAAGUAUGGAAAGAAGUCACUAGGUGAAAUCCCCAUGGUUAUUGGCGAGAUUGGCAUCUCAUAUGAUAUCAACAAGGCGCAUGCUUAUCGUACGGGAUGCUACGAUAAACAACGGGAUCUAAUGAACGGUCUCAUCUCCGCCAUGGAAAACAACAAGCUAAACUACACCCUGUGGAACUACAACCCCGCCAACAGGGUUGAGUACGGCGAUGGAUGGAAUAAGGAGGAUUUCUCCGUCAUCAACGGCGACGACGUCGUCGAGAACGGUCCUAUCAAACCCGACUAUCGGAACUACAUGCAUGAGAAAGACGAGCUUUACAAGGGCGGUCGUAUUCUCGACGUCAUCAUCCGUCCGUACGCCGUCAAGACGGCCGGUAUCCCCCAAACAUCCAACUGGAACCACAAGACGCUGCGUUUCGAAUACACGUGGACCAGCGUCGCCACAAAGGAGUCCACAGACGAAAAGGCUCACCUCACGGAGAUUUUUAUCCCGUCGUACCACUACGACAACCACGAGGUACGCGUCCAGGGCACCAACGUGGAGUGGACAUAUGACAAGCCCCGUCAGACGCUGUACGUGCGUUGCCCCUCACAUGGCGAGCACAGCAUCACUGUUUCCAUUGAGAACGAGGCACAGCGUGCCCUUGACAGAGCUGUUAGGCGAAGACAGCUGUAUCCUCCCAGUUUCCCGCUGAACUUGGUCAGUGCUGCAACAGAGGAUGCUUUGGAUGAUAUUGAUUGGUCUGUCGCCAUGGCUUGUUGGCCAGGUGUUGCGGCUAUCUUGGUUGCUAUUAUUGCACGAUUUCUUUUCGUGCUGUUCAUGGGAUGA